AAAGGGAAACACACACUCUGAGCUCAACAUCUGCUGAGCACACACACACACACCAAGAGACAACAAGGCUCCGAGAUAAACCCGCAGUUCAAGAUGAAGGCCGCUCUCGUCACCGUCGCUCUCCUGGUCCUGGCCCUCGGCUGGACUUCUGAAGCUGUUCAAGUCCAAGAGAAUGGAUUGUCCUUCUCGCUGGAGGCCGUCAAGAGGCUUCAGGAGCUGACGCUGAGCAGAGCCUCAGCCGGGCCACAGAACCCGCGGCUCCGGACGAGCACCGUGUCGCUCUGUGCCGACCCCAUGCUGCCGCAGGAGUUCCUGCCCAUCUGUAAGCAGAGAGGAGCGUCUGCGUCGCUCUCCAGACUAGCCAUGGUUCCUCUGGACGUCUGUGAGAUCUGUGCGUUCGCCGCCUGCACCGGCUGCUGAACCAACCCACCGAGCCAGAAGCGUCUGGUCGAGCUUAAGACUUGUGAUUCUUUUCCUCUUUAAAACUAUGUCAGGGAAUUUUUCACAUUUUUGCCUGCGAUGAUGAGACAAAGAUUUCUUCCCCUGAAUACUGAGGUUCUGGUUCUGGCCCACUGGGCACUUUACAAACUUAGUUUUAAUAUGGUUUUUGGGUUUAGUUUUUUCCAAACUGUUACUGUGUUACUCUGCAUUAUACUGUUUGUUACAUUUCUAUCUUACUAAGCUCUGUAUUUAAAGGAGGGGACUUGUUUUUUAAUGUUUCUCCUUCUUCUAUAUUGUUUUGAAUAAAAAGCCUUCAUUGACAAA